UUCUACAACUUGUGUCUUCAAGCGGAUUGUUGUGUUCUUGAGUUUCGCUGGCCGCUUUCGCCUCGUUGAAAAAUCUGAACAUCACAGGAUUGUUAUCUUCAGAAACACAAAACUGAAACAGCUCUACGAGAGCGAGAAGCCAAAAAUAGAAAACACUCCAGUUCUGUGAUCUCUAGCCUUGUGAAAAAUGUCGAACUCUGGAGAAGGUGACAUGCUGUUGAUGACUUGUGAAACAGCCAAGGAGAUUGCCAAAAUGUCUGAGGUAACAGCCUUCUGUCUUAUUGUCCUUGGAAUUUUCAUUAACGCUACAGUCUGCGCAGUCAUGCUGCUUAACAAGUGCGUGUUAAAGAACUUGUCGAACUUCUUCGUAUUUCACUUGUCCGUGGCGGAUUUGAUAUUUCGGUUAUUGACCGUGGGACCGGUAAUAUACCUGAGCACAGUUUACAACACAGAUAAGUCAGGCAUUCCAUGCAAACUCCUUCAUUUCUUCUCCUCGGCUUGUGGCGCUGCGUUUUUUGUCUCGCUUGUCGUUAUUUCAGUUGACGUGUACCGUGACGCGGCGUCGCCGCUAAAAGGUGUCAUGUCACCCCGUACUCCAUUUCUUGUCGUGUUUGGUGUGUGGUCCUACGCUGCAGUCUUUUCGGGACCUCUCAUGUACAGCGCACAGAGUGUCCUCUACACGGAGAUUCCAGAAGUUGCCAGAAAUUUGACAGACGAGCUCAAGAACUGCAGCGUUCCCAAGCUAUGUGAUUUCUACAGGAACUGGAGCGGACAGCUGUCGACCACACUCUACUUUGUGAUGGCUUUCCUAGUCCCCCUGGUUAUCAUGGUGAUCUUGUUCCUGCUGACGUACGUAUAUCUCAGGAGAGAUUACAAAAGUGGUGCCAUCAGUAGAGAAACUGCCAAUGCCAAGGGAAAAGUCACGCGCAUGUUAAGUGCCCUCUCUCUGGGCGUGGUCAUCUGUUGGGGGCCUACUGCUCUCAUUUCCAUGCUUCGUUCUUAUGAUGGCCUGGCUGAUGUAGCUCCUGAUAUAGUCCUGAUUCUUGCUAUUAUCACAGAGCUGAUGAAGUUCAUGAACUCGCUCUUUAAUCCAAUGAUUUUUGCCUGUUAUAUACCCAACUUUAGUAAGGAUUGGUUCGGCCUGUGUAAGAACUGCAAGUGCUGCGGGAAGGCGAAGGACGUUGAGAAUCCAUCCAUUCGACGGAGACACAUUAUUCAAUCGACGGAGUUUCGUGACAGCCAGACGAUGAUGUAACCCGAGCGUGGCCAACAUAGGACAGCGUUAUACACGACAAUUUGGUGAUCGGGCGUGGUGUGUAACGCAAUAUUUCCGUGUAACGACAACAGCUAUUUUAACCAUAUAAUUUCCUAAUAUUUAAGAAAUGGAAAGCUUGUCCCGAGUUAUAGAAACAUGGGUGGAGGUUUGGGAUAAUGAGUUCUUCCAAACUUCCACUGUUUCAAUCGAGAUACAGAAACACGAUUUUUAACCAAUCAGCGCGCACACUUUUGGGGGGCUAUUUUCUAAAAUUAUAUAACAAUAUAAUUUUCUCAUAUAAUUGUAUAAUUAUGUAAUUAUAUAAUUUUAUUAAUUUCCCUAGCAAUUUACCAUUUUCUUUUCAAAAAUUCCUUCAGUUAAAUAUUAAUUUUGAUAAUUUAGUGAUACAUCGGGACAACGUCCCGCGUUCAUGAGUUUUUUCCUAGUCGCCUCCCGGACUCGUGGUGGACAAUGUGUUAGCAAAACAGAUAAACUGCUUCGGAGCGAGGAUAAUAAUUAAUUCAGUAGAGUAAUCUGACUGCCGAGUCUUACAGGUUAGGGUAAUUUUAAAAACUAUAUGAAAUGCAAGGCUAAAACUACAGCACAGCACGAUUUUUCCGUUAUUGUGUGAACUGUGGUAAAACGGAGAAUAUAAAACCAUUCAAUGAGGAAAAUAAGCAGUAAAGGAAAUCACAGGAUGGACAUCACUUUCCAUAAUUAUAUAACUUAUAUCAUUAAAGCUACUCCUUAUGUUUCAAAACCA